UAAAUCACUAGCAUUUCAGUCAUAUAUAUGAUAUGUACUAUGUUAGAGAAAGUGAAUAUGAAGCUGCAAUAGUACGUAUCUUAGAUAUAAGUCGGUCAUAACCUUAGUGCAAUAGAAUUUAGGUAGACAAGUCUAGCAUCAGAAAGUUAAUAUGCCAGCUCAUAAAGCUCUGCUGAUGCUUCCCCACAAAAGUAUUUCAUCCUUUUCCUUUUUUGGUUUAAUUUCCGUGUACCCAAUUUCCAAAAACAGUGCAGUUCUCCAAAGAAUUUGUCGACAACAUUCCAAUACACCAUGAAACCUUGCUCCUGAAGUUACAUGCAUAAAUUAACCUUUCUCUAAGCCUCUAAAAACAAACCCAUUCAAAGGAUUUUUUUUUUUAACUUUUAAAAAAGCUAAUUUAUAUCUCUCUGUAACCAUCUUUUUCUAAAAGCAACCAAACAAUCCAUGAUGUCAAAAUAUUAUCUUGAAUAAAAGUACUUCAAGUUGCCAGGACAGUAGUAUCUUUACAUCAACCAAACAUCAUGGUUGAUGAUCCAAGGUUGAGUCAUCAAACAAAAGCAUCAAGAUUCACUUCCUAGUCUCCACCCCUUUAAAUACUACCUCUUUAGAAUACAAGGGACUGAUCAAACCAAGUUACCACAGCUUCCUUAGAAAUCUAGUAGCUAAGACCAUUCUUCCUCACCUACUGCUAGUCCUUUGAACAAAAUACAAACCUUAUUAAUCAUUCAACAUGCAGACCUCACUUCUUCAUGAACUAGUUGUUGGAACCCCAUUCAUCUCUGCAACAUAUGAUCAGUUUCAAAAGUCGGCUAACAGAUACUUACUUGAUCCUGCCACUCAUCAAUGUCAAUAUCCAAUCAAACAUCAAAUUAAAAGUAGAGCAAAUUCAAACAAGAAAAAGCUUGGCAGGAAGGCCGAUAGUCUGACACAAAGAGUCCAAGAAAAAGCGAGACUUGGAAAUAUAUCUGAAACAAUAAAGAGGAAGUUGAGCUUAGGGGCUCGAAUUCUUCAAGUGGGUGGGGUGGAGAAAGUGUUUAUGCAGUAUUUUAGUGUGAGUGAGGGUGAGAGGCUGUUGAGAGUUUCCCAGUGUUAUCUGUCCACCACAUCUGGCCCUCUUGCUGGUCUCCUCUUCAUCUCCACUGAAAAGGUUGCAUUUUGCAGUGAGAGAUCAAUAAAAGUCUUUAAUCAGAAAGGGCAAAUGUGUAGGAUCCGCUAUAAGGUUGCCAUUCCACUGAAGAAGAUCAAGUGUGUGAGCCAAAGUCAAAAUGUUGAGAAGCCAAAACAGAAGUACAUAAACAUAGUCACAGUGGACAAUUUUGAUUUCUGGUUAAUGGGUGUCUUAAAAUAUCAGAAAACUUUCAAAUAUCUCGAGCAGGCAAUUUCUCAAGCUUAGAUGAAUAUCAAAAGUUCACCAUUUGAGCAUAACAAAAAUAGUUGAGGCUUGAAGGAAGCUUCAUGUUGCGAGGACAAACAUUAAGAUAAAGAGAUGAUAAACAAACAAGACAAUCUAUGAACAGAGGGACUUUGUGGACAACAGAACAUCUCGUGGAAGUUUUGGCUUUUAUACCAAAGAUUGACCAGUGAUAACAGAUGCACAUGGUUCAUUCAUAUCAGCUCAGCUCGGAUGCAGACUUGGCUGUCAACAUAUUGUUGAUAAAGUUGUGGAUGCAUGAGAUCACUUGGCGUGUGCUAUAUUACAAACCCCAAGCAGUGACUGUCAAUGCUUAUUGGCAGAAGGUAUCCAUUCAUCCACAGAGAGCCCUACUUGGUAGAAAACAAGAUGGAAAGAAAAGUAAACAGAAAGAAUGAAGAAAAUUGUUAGAAGUUUUAGUUUCAGGCUCAAUUACUUCAAAAUUGUAUUUAAACCAUUCAAAUCCUUAAUGAAAUUUGUAUAUAAUUAUUCAAA